AUGGCCAUUUUGAAGAUUAUAGCCUACUUCUUCACACUGUUGGUGGCUCAAGAAGUGGCGGCUUGGUCCGGAACCGUGACAUUCUAUGACAAUCGCUGGCAUGACAAAGCUGGUGGGAGCUACACCUACCAUAUCGACGAUUCGCAACAGUGCAUCAAUCUCAGUUGCUACAAUGAUCGUGCUACAUCUGCCAAAUGGAGUGAUAUUGUCAAGUGGGGGGCCUUUGAUGGCAAGUCUCGAAUUGCCUUCUACACUGGCAAGGAUUGCACCGGCACUGUCAAAGACUGGGACAUCAAACACCCGAACGGGUACCCCGGCAACUUCUUUCUGGACGGAAUCGACAAACAAAUUUCGUCAUUCAUGAUCUGGCAGUUUAACAAGAAGGUGAAAUCGACUUCGCUGCCGUGUCCUUGGGACUUUAAGUGUUGUUUGUGA